AUGUGCUCUGUGCAAUGUUUGUGUGCAACUACUGUAUAUCGACCUCCAACAUUUCCACAUCCAGCAUAUACACAAUUUAUGGAAAUAGUGAUGAAAUAUCAUCUACCAAAUAGUGUAGGUAAUGAACUUAUCAGUUGGUUUAAUAAAUACAAAAUGGACCUACAUGCUGUUCUGCCUACUAAUAUAAAACAAGGUCACAUAUUGCUCGAUUCAAUGAAUAUUUCACACAUAUUAUAUACCAAGACAGUUAUCAUGAAGCAUAAUGAAAUUCUUUUUGAACCAAUAAAAUCAAAAUCUACAAGUGGUGUUGAAUUACAUACGAAUGUAAACUGCAAUAUGCCAUGCUAUUUUUGCUUAACUCCCAAAGAACAAUUUAAUAACCCAUUGAUUAAUUCUGAAUCUAUUAUUUUACAUACACCAAAAACAAUAAAACAGGUAAUUAAGCAAAAUCAGGCCAAAGAAUAUUCAAUACAAGACAUGGAAAAUCCUUUUUGGAGUCUUCCAAAUUUUAAUGUUUAUCAAUCAUGCUUACCUGAUCGAAUGCACUAUCUCGAUUUAGGUUUAUAUAAUUAUCAAGUAACAUUUAUACAAGAUUUGUUAAAGGAAUGGUGUGGGCUAGCCGAAAUUGCAGAAUUUGAUAUCAGGUUAGCAAAAAUCCUGCAAUUUCCAGGUCUCAAAUUGUUUAACAAGGGGUUAGGCAACAUUAAACGGUUCACUGCAACAGAGUUUUGUGCAAUGAUGCAACAACUAGUUUUUGUAAUUGAUGGAAUAAUUGUUAAGCUUUAUAAAGACAUUUAUACUACGAAUCAGGCUAAGAAUAUGAACAAACAACUAGUAACCUUGUACAUUGAUUGGAAUCGAAUGUAUAUUUUUUCACGGAAAGAUGAAUUUAGCGAAUCAGAAUUGUAUACAUUUAAGGUACGGUGUCAAUAUAUUCUUAAAUACUUGAAUCAACUAAAGAAGCCGAUAACAAGCAAUAAUAAAUUACCUCCAUAUUUAUUAAUCGGUAAUCAUACAAGAUUUGAAUUAUCAUUAUUUGAAGAUUUUGUAAAUUCACACAAUGCAACACAUUAG